GUAGUCGUCUUACACAGGAACUUCAAGUUGAAUUGAUACAAAUCUACGAUGCACAGUUUGAGUAUUUCAUUGUUUUUGGCAAUCGCAACGACGUUCCGACCAUCCGUUUCCUUGGAGGACGGGUCAAACGAGCUCUCCUGCCCGUUGAUCCAGGAAGCUCGCCUGGAGUUGCUCUGCGGGGGAGUCUACACCGCCGAUCUCUUCUUGAAAUACAAGGACGCUCUGACUACCGUUAAUGCACCCUACAAGGUCUUCUACCACCUCCAGAACGGGUUCUACUUUCUGCUGGUGAGCUUCAACGAGUCUCCAGUACAGAGUUGUGAAAGCACGAUCCAGCUGAACGAUGGCUUAGACUUCUUUUGCGGGGACGGUGAAUCGCCUUUGAGACUGCCGGACUCCCAGGUAUUUUGCCACAGGAACAUAAUGAGCUACGUGGACGACUUGAUAUACGAGUGCACAAAGCCAGGAAUUACCCAUUUUUUAGGUUCGGAAUGGGAGGGAGUGGCUGCGAUCCACUAUGCUGCCAAGUCUAAAAAACAUAAGGUGGGUUCUGCUGCCGGAAUGCCUGGCUUAGAAGCUUUGCUGCCCUGUCUGGCGUGCGUCUUGCUUCAAAUGAGGUUGCUGUCAACUGGUAUAUUCGAAACUCCAGUAUACUUUCAGUCUGGUCAAAAUGCGUUUCUGCUCCAUGUUCGUGCUCCUCUACAUAGUGCGUAAGCUGGAGGAAGCCAAUAGUGGACGCGACCUCAAGGAAAGGCUGGCGAUGGGAGGAUCCUCAACUCGACUUCUACAGACCACUAUUUCCCAAGGACGGAAGAAUAAAGAGCUCUUCCGAGCCUUGCUCAAAAUUAUUCCCAAGUGAUUUUCCCCUUUUCUUCUGUCAGUCAAUAAAAUAUAAGAGA